AUGACUACGCCGAUCGCCACUUUUCAGAUUCCUUCAGUGACCUGCUACAAACCGAAGGUCCUCAAGUCAGAUGAUUUCAGUAAGCUUAGCAAGGAGGGUCAACGCCAGCUCUCCUUCUAUCCAACCUACAUGGAGGUCUGUGAGGUGAAGAAGGGCAAACCUAAGGUGAUCCGUAUGAUUAAGCUCGGCGAUGUAACGGAUGUGACAACGGAUGAGGCACGGGACGGCGUGCUGCGAGUGUUUGCCAACAGGAAGGGCAAAAUUGAGUGUCACCAGAUGAUCAUCCCCGACGAUGCAGACUUUCACCAGGCCCGAGCCUACUUUGACAGAAAUGCUGCCGCUGGAUCAAUAGUCAGUCCUUUUCCGUCGGAGGCGAUUCAAUCCAUACGCCGGUCAUCACAGGCUCAGUCAGAAAAAUCAACCUCGAAGAGACCAGCCUCAUCUGUCACGAGAAAACCUCGAAAGGGUCACGAGUCCGUUGUUUUCGAAGACCAGGACAGUGACGAACCGAGCCAGGAACCGUCGGCCAGGAAGAAACAAUCCAAGGCCCGCAGUACUGCGGCUUCCGAAGACCUGUACAGCGACGGACGGAGCCACGAGCCAUCCGUCAGGAAGAAACCUCUCCAAGGGCGCGGUUUCACUGCUUCCGAGGACCUGGAUAGUGAUGAAGCGACACUUGAGCCACCUCUCAGUAGGAAGCCCCCUAAAGGGCGCAGUAUUGCAGCUUCCGAAGACCUGUACAGCGACGGACGGAGCCACGAUCCAUCCAUUAGGAAGAAACCUCCCCAAGGGCGCGGCUUCACUGCUUCCGAGGAUCUGGACAGUGAUGAACCAGGUUAUGAGCCCUCCGUCACAAAGAAACAGCCUAAAGAGCGUGGUUCCACUGCUUCUAAAGCUGCGGACGGUUACAAACCAAGAUAUGCGUCGAAAAAACCCCCCAAAGGG